AUGGCUCUUGUUCUCAACGUGUCAUUGUGUUCCACUUCUAAGCCCCUUCUCUCUCUCUCAAACUCCAAUUCCAAACCUACUGUGCUUCAUCUUCCUCUUCUGGGAUUCAACGCAAAGCAAAGUCGCCAGCCAUUUCAGAAACUCGCAUUUUCAUUGGGUGAGACCGUGUCGGGCGCCACCCUCGUUGCUCUCCUCUCUGCUUCUUUCGUCUUUGUUGAUCCCGCACUUGCAUUCAAGGGUGGAGGGCCAUACGGGCAAGAAGUGACAAGGGGACAAGAUCUCACUGGGAAGAACUUCAGUGGCCAGACGCUGAUCAAACAAGACUUCAAAACGUCCAUAUUGAGACAAGCCAAUUUUAAAGGUGCAAAGUUAAUAGGUGCUAGCUUCUUUGAUGCUGAUUUAACAGGUGCUGAUCUUUCGGAUGCUGACCUUAGAAAUGCAGAUUUUUCUCUAGCAAAUGUCACUAAGGCAAAUUUAAGCAAUGCUAACUUGGAAGGUGCACUUGCAACAGGAAAUACAUCUUUUAAGGGAUCAAACAUUACAGGCGCUGACUUCACGGAUGUACCACUAAGAGAAGAUCAACGUGAAUAUCUCUGCAAAGUUGCUGAUGGAGUGAACCCAACAACUGGAAAUGCUACGCGUGAUACAUUGUUCUGCAAUUAG